AAGAAAAUGUUGAAUAUAGGCUAUUGUUUGUCGGCUUUAUUACUGGCGGUGAGUGUGAGUGCGGACACACCGGCCAACUGUUCCUAUGAGGAGAUUCGUGGCGUUUGGGAGUUCUCGGAGUCCGCCAGGACUGCCAACAGGUCCGAGAAAUGCGACCUAACAGUCAAAUUGGUUGAUAAAGUGAGGAUUGAGUUGCAAUACCCCAACACAGCAGUGGAUCACUUGGGGAAUAGAGGCACAUGGACUCUGAUCUAUAACCAGGGUUUUGAAGUGAUAAUCAACGAUAGAAAAUAUUUCGCAUUUUCUGACUAUAAACAGGUUGGCACCAAAGUGACCAGCAUUUGCAACCAGACCAGCGCCGGCUGGUCUCACGAUGUGUUGGGCAACAAC